AUGAAGUUGCAAAAUAUAGCCGUAUUCCUGCCCUUUUUGCCCGUUUUUCUGGGGUCUGCAGCAGGCCCAAGCCAGGAGGGCACAGACGGCUCGGAAAUGGCCAUCCCAAGCUGUUCCUAUUCUGAGGACGCCAGAGUGCCCGAGAAUGGUUUUUUAAGAAAGAAGAUUACGCAGGUGGAGAUAGAGCAGGACCUUUUAAUAGGAAAAAUCCAAACACUUCUAGAAGAAAGCAGGAUAAUGGAGAUUAAGUGCAUUCGCAUGAUGAAGCAGUAUUUCAAGGAGCGUGCGUUCAGCGGCCAUAGGAGCUGGAAAACCAGGAAAGCCAUAGUGUGGGGCAUUAAAAAAGCCAGCAGGCAAAGGGAGAAAAUGCGCCCCAUGCUGGAAGAAAUACUUGGAAUAUGCUUCAAGUGCCUGGCAAAGGAUGAGGGCCGCAUGAAAAGUGCGGUGGAAGGUGCAGAUCCCGAGUCAAUCGAGGGCUCCUCCUCAUCCUGCGGCUGCCUAAUCGAGAAAAACAGUGCCCAGGAGAAGGUAGUGCUUAUAGCUGCUCUAAGUGGAGAGAUAACAAGGCAUACAAUAAUGAAGAAUGUUUACAAAGCAAUCACCAAAAUACACUUGACUUACGUGAAAAUCGAAAACAAGUUCAACUCUCAGCUGCUAAGCACAAGAAACCCCGUAUGA